UUGCAUCAGGAUGCCGACGUGGCAUCAACGACGAGUCCCGAAAAGAUGGGAAGGCGAACGCCACGAGAUCUUUAAGCGCCCUCUCGUCCGAUCUCUCUCUCUCUCUCUUCCGCGGUCGAGGAACGAUCCGGAGCUCCGAUUGUCCAGGCGUCUCUCUCGAUUCCGCAGAUCUCGAGCACUGAAUGCGAACCAUUCUUCUUGUUGGAUUUGAAUUUUUCAUUUUGUUCGUUUACACUUCACGUUUGGAUCUCCGAUCGGGGUAUCUUGUAGGUCGGUGAUCGGUUUCUAUCCCUGCCGGUUGAGAUCCUGUCUGAUGGAGGCAAUAGAGGAACUCAGCCAACUGGCGGAGUCGAUGAUGCUGGCGGCCGCCAUUCUCGCGGACCAGGAGAUCGACGAGGGCUCCGCCGCGAAGAGGACCUCUACUUUCCUUAAUGUCGUCGCUCUGGGCAAUGUCGGAGCUGGAAAAUCUGCCGUAUUGAAUAGUGUGGUCGGCCAUCCUAUUCUGCCGACGGGAGAGAAUGGCGCCACUCGUGCGCCGAUCACAAUCGAUCUUGAGAUAGAUGGAUCGUUGAGCAGCAAAUCAAUAAUGUUGCAGAUAGAUAGCAAGUCACAGCAGGUUUCUGCAAGCGCACUUAGACAUUCUCUUCAGGAUAGGCUCAGCAAGGGCACUGGAGGUCGUAGUUCAGGAAAGAACCGGGCGGAUGAGAUCUAUCUGAAGCUUCGAACUAGUACAGCUCCUCCUUUGAAAUUGAUUGAUCUGCCUGGACUAGAUCAGCGGUCUAUGGAUGAGUCUGUAGUUGGUGAUUAUGCUGCAAGAAAUGAUGCCAUACUGCUGGUUAUUAUAGCAGCCGCUCAAGCAUCAGAUGUAGCUUCCUCGAGAGCUCUUAGGAUGGCUAAAGAAUUUGAUUCCGAAGGAACUAGGACUGUUGGUAUCAUUAGCAAAAUUGAUCAAGCAGCUGGUGAGCAGAGAAGUCUUGCUGCUGUUCAAGCCCUUUUAUUGAAUCAGGGACCAAGAAGUGCUUCUGAUAUUCCAUGGGUAGCCCUUAUUGGACAAUCUGUAUCGAUUGCUUCAGCACAAGGAGGAACAGUUGGAUCUGAUAAUUCACUGGAAACUGCUUGGAAAGCAGAGGCUGAAAGUCUUAAAUCGAUACUUACGGGCGCUCCACCAAACAAACUUGGUAGAGUUGCUUUGGUGGAUGCCCUCGCUAAACAGAUACGUGAAAGAAUGAAGAUCAGGCUUCCAAACCUUCUCUCUGGAUUACAGGGUAAGUCUCAGGCUGUUCAGGAUGAGUUGUGCAAAUUUGGUGAGCAAAUGGCGUAUACUGCUGAAGGUACUAGGGCUACUGCAUUGCAGCUUUGCCGAGAAUUUGAGGAUACAUUUCUGCAGCAUAUUUCUUCUGGUGAGGGUGCUGGUUGGAAAGUUGUUGCUACCUUUGAAGGAAACUUCCCCAACAAAAUUAAGCAGCUUCCAUUGGACAAGCAUUUUGACAUAAACAAUGUCAAACGAAUUGUGCUUGAAGCUGAUGGCUAUCAGCCAUAUCUAAUAUCUCCUGAGAAAGGUCUGAGGUCCUUAAUAAAGUGUGUACUGGAACUUGCUAAAGAACCAUCAAGACUUUGUGUAGAUGAGGUGCACCGUGUUCUAUUGGAUAUAGUUUCGGCUUCAGCAAAUGGUACUCCAGGACUUGGUAGAUACCCACCCUUUAAGAAAGAGGUGGUUGCAAUUGCAUCUUCUGCCUUGGAAAAUUUCAGGAAUGAGGCAAAGAAGAUGGUUGUUGCACUAGUUGAUAUGGAACGGUCUUUUGUUCCUCCUCGACACUUUAUUCAACUUGUGCAACGCAGAAUGGAGAGGCAACGACGUGAGGAUGAGCUGAAGUACCGGUCAUCAAAGAAAGCAAAUGAAGCAGAGCAAUCAAUACUAAACAAAGCAUCAAGCCCUCAGCCUGGGACUCAACAGACAGGUGGUAGCUUGAAAUCAAUGAAAGACAAAACAAAUCAAUCAGAUAAAGAUGCAAAAGAGAGCUCAUCCUUGCAGAUUGCUGGACCAUCAGGAGAAAUAACAGCAGGGUGGUUGCUGAAAAAAAGUGGAAAAGCAAAUGGCUGGAGCAGGCGAUGGUUUGUCCUCAAUGAGAAAAGUGGAAAACUUGGAUACACUAAAAAACAAGAAGAAAAACAUUUUCGAGGUGUUAUCACUUUAGAGGAGUGCAACAUUGAAGAAGCUUCAGAAGAGAGUUCCAAAGAGUCAAAGAAGUCAAAUGGAUCAGAUAAACUUUCAAGUCUAGAUUUUAAGUUAACCAACAAAGUUGCUUACAAGACAGUGCUUAAAGCGGAAAGUGCAUUAAUUUUGAGAGCUGAGAGCAUGGUUGACAAAGUUGAAUGGGUGAAUAAGAUAAUGAAUAUUUGCCAAUCUUCCAAGGAAACACAUUCUAAAGGCUCAUCUGGUCUUGAAGCUAGUCCCUCGAUUAGACUGAGUCAUUCAGAUGGUUCACUAGACACUAUGGCUAGAAAGCCAGCUGAUCCAGAAGAAGAACUUAGAUGGAUGUCACAAGAAGUCCGUGGUUAUGUCGAAGCUGUUCUGAAUAGUCUUGCUGCAAAUGUUCCAAAGGCUGUUGUGCUUUGCCAAGUGGAGAAAGCUAAGGAAGACAUGCUCAACCAGCUAUAUAAUUCUAUAAGUGCUCAAAGCAUAGCAAGGAUUGAAGAACUACUCCUAGAGGACCAAAAUGUGAAGCGUCGACGAGAGAAAUUCCAAAAGCAGCAAGCUCUGCUUUCAAAGAUUACACGCCAGCUAAGCGCUCAUGAUAACCGACCAACAGCAGCUAGCUGGUCUAAUGGUGACACUGAAAUAGAAAGCAGCCCAAGGAGAAAUGCUGCUUCAGGCGAUGAUUGGAGAUCUGCCUUUGACGCCGGCACAAAAGGACCAGUCAGUGACUCUUUCAAGGGGUCACCCAGAUCAAAAAGUGCCGAUAGCCGUGGUAGUUCUCGAUACAGUGACCCGGCCCAGAAUGGUGACACCAGUCUGAAUUCUGAUAGUCGACGGACACCAAACAGAUUACCUCCACAACCACCACACUAAGAUUCUCUACUAGGCCGCUAAGUUGCGACACUGAAACACAACCUUCUCUUGUCUCUUGCAUUUGCAUUAUUUGGUUCAAGUAAGAGUAGCAAAACUAAUGGAUCUUUCUACCCAAUCUACAAUUUACAUUCUACAUUUUA